ACUCUUAUUCAGUACUUCAGCGAAAUUCUUUUAACUUCAAAGUAGAUACCACGUGAGAAUUGUUAAAGAAGAAGAAUUAUUUUUUAGGUUAGAAUAGAAUUUUUUCUUUUCAAAAAAAUAUAAAAAUAAAAUGUUAAAAAUAAUAAAACAGCUAAUCCCGAGGCGGAACAUUCGAUAUAGUCAAAUAUGUACGAAAAAUUACAGCAGUGAUAGUAAUGCACCUAUUACAGAAAAACAAAUAUUGGAAAAACUUAAAUUAAGGUUUCCAAAUGCUGCUAGCGUAAAUGUUGAAGAUACAUCUGGGGGUUGCGGGGCAAUGUUUAAUGUCAGUGUUGAAACUGCAGAAUUUAAAGGACUGUCAAUAAUGAAACAACAUCGAAUAGUUUAUGAAACUUUAAAAGAUGAAAUGUCUAAGCUACAUGGACUUCAUUUGGAGACCAGAGUUUCAAAAUAGUAAUCAUAUGAGUAGGAAAUAAAUAGUAAUAAAAUUAUGAAAAUCUGUGAUUUUAGAAUGAUGAGUGUGCAACUAUUAAAAUGUAAAAUAUACCUGCCCUUAAAGUAAUAUUUAUUUAUUAAUAAUUUCUGCUAUUUAAAAGAUAGAGUUUCAGUCAAAAUAUGAACAAAAUGACUAAUUUUUGUUAGGUAUACAAAUUUAAUCUAAAAAUUUGUAUUAAAAUAUAUUGCAGAUUCUCUUCAUAAUAAAAUUCAAGGGAUAGCAAGAUAUGUCUAAUUAAUAAGCAAUAUAUGAAACUAAGAUUAUUGCAAACUUGUUAUUUAAAACUAUAUUAAUUCUUCCUUCCUCAACUAAAAGGCCAUAUCUACAAAAAUAAAAAAACGAGAUUUUUACAAUAUGUAUUGUAAUGAUAUUCUAUAAUAAUACAACCUGACAAUGGCGUAUCUGAACAAUUAACUGGAAAAAAUACUUAAAACACUGCCGUAUCUGCAAAAUCGUGUCAAUUUCUUAAUUGCCAGUGCUUAAUGAAAAUGCUGUAAGUGCUUUUUUGAAAAAACUAGGUUAGGUAAACCAAUUUUUUUAGUAUUACAUAUUUUGAGUUUUAUUCUAAUUACUAUAGCACAUUUUUUAAUUAAAUAAAAGAGAGAAAAAAAGAGUCCAAGCAAUAAACUUUAAACCCCAUUUUCUCAGAUUUAUGUUGUUUGUAGAUACAGCCUUUUAAUUGAGUUCACCCCCUUGCAAGUGAAUUUCAACCUCUGAAUCUGACAGCUUGUGUAGGAAAGGGAAGGUAUUGCUUAGUGGUAUUAAAUAAAACCUAUUAUUGAAAGAUUGAAAUGGAAUUUAUUCAUCUACAAUAUAAAUAUUGAAUAAAAUGUAUACAUAAUGUACUUUAUACAUGAUGGCUCAGGAUAGUCUCAUCCGGUUUUUUUUAUAUUUUUGUCAUCUCAGUACAAACCUUGAAAAGAAGGAUAACUUCUAUUUAUAAUAUCAUUGUUUUCGUUUUAAUACAUGUUUAAUACUUGAUAUGUGCAGAAUUUAUAAACUAAGUAAAUUAGCAUAAUGGUAUCAAACAGAGGCUGUUACAAAAACCUGGAGUCGAAAUUAUUUUGUAGUAUCUAGAAUUUUAUACACAUAUAAGGUAUUUUUUUUAUUUGAUAGAUAUUGAAAAUUCCAAAUUUACCUACAUUGUCACAUAGGAGGUAUGGUAUUAAAAUGAUACGUCCUUGGUACUGGCAACAGGAAACUAUAAAAUGCUAUUAAAUACUACAUAAGAAUUUCUAUAUAUAUAUAUAGAUCAUAUUGCCAGAUAUUAAUACAUUUUUGUAUACUACAAUGCAUGGAGCACAGUUGGUUGCAUAUUUACAAACAAUAAAGUGAAUUGUUAAUUUUUUUAUAUAGCACGUAUUGCAGUAUCAACGAUAUAUUAUCAGUAAAUAAAAUUGAAAAGAAAAAUAAAUAAAAUAUAUAACAAUUUUCUAGUACCUUUUUGUGCAUAAAAUCACUGAAGCUCUAGACUAUGAAGACUAGAGAGAAGGAGGCCAAUUGAGGCCAAUCGGCAACCCAUAUAGCAAAGACGUCCUUCAGUGACAUAAAGGACGUCCGAGGGACGUCCUCUUUUGGUACCGGGACGUCAAUCGGACGUCCUAAUGUCCCGUUUCCGUCCAUCUUAGGGACCUCGCUGGGACAUCCCAAAAGGACGUCAUAUGGACCUUCGUGGGACGUCCUAGGGACGUAAAUCAGACGACAUUUGGCCAUAAUCCAUAAAUGGCAAUAUUAACAAAAAUGUUACAAUUUAAUAACUUUUAUCCUGAAAAA